CAUCGAAUCCGACUAGUCCCCCACCUCGAAUCAACACGUUCACUCCCUUUCGAGCCCAUCAUUCGCGAUGCAAUUGAAAAUGGGCCUGUCAUUCGUGUGGGUCGAUUCACUGAUCGUCAAACGAAUGGGAACAAUAGUGCUCCGAACGCGCCUAAUGCAUUGAAGAUAGCCUUUCGAAGUAAGGUUGUUAGUAGGGGACAUGCGGAGAUUUGGGUUGAAGAAGGGGGAAAGUUCUUCAUUCGUGAUACCAAGUCCUCCUCCGGAACGUUCCUAAAUCAUAUCAGACUCGCAAACGCCAACGUCGAAAGUCGGCCCUUCCCUUUGAAGGAUGGUGAUAUCAUUCAACUUGGGAUCGAUUAUCAAGGCGGUCAGCAAGAGAUAUAUAGAUGUGUGAAAAUUAAAGUCGAGAUUGGAAGGGAAUGGCAGAGCGCUGCGAACGCUUUCAAUACAAAUGCCCUUCGGAGACUCAACAAUCUAGGCGUGCACUCAGUCCUCCCUUCAUCAACGCUCGCACCUCCCACCAUACCCUCAGACCUGUCUGACUCCAACGGUAAUUCAACAGACUGUUGUAUUUGUCUCUUCCCUAUAACGGUCUGUCAAGCACUCUUUGUCGCGCCUUGUUCACAUGCAUUUCAUUACAAAUGCUUGCGACCCAUGUUAGUAGCUCAUCAUCCUGGAUUCUCGUGUCCCCUUUGCAGAAGCUUUGCGGAUUUGGAGAGCGAUGUCGAG